AAGUUGCAAAAUUAAAAUCUUUUAUAAGCUGAAUCUAAAUGUGAAAAAGCCUGGUUUGUAAAUUAACAUCCUUCUACAUGGGAUUGUGGCAAUUUAAAAUCCUAUAAACACUAUUUUUUUCAACUCAUUUAUGCAUUAUAGACACAGAGAAGUCGACACAAACAGGCUACACGCCCACAUGUAACUUACACACACCCACAUGCUGUAUGUGGGCUGUGUACCUUCCUCUGACAUCAAUUUUGUAAAUUAUAUGAACCCAAGCUGCUACCUCUAUUGGCUGGAGCAAACUGAGACAAAAAGUAAAUAGCUUCGAGCAGGAGUGACCGGAUUUGAUGUCAGCUGUGUAAAUGGAGUCUUUCACAAUAAUAAAUCAUUAACCUUUUAGUCAGCAAGCAUGCUGUCCCUUCAAUGCCCAGAAAGCCUACUGUGGUCAUACCAGGAGCAAAUACUCCUACUAACAUCAAUGAAAUGCCAUUUUAAGUCUAUAACUUUUUGUGAUAAUGCGCAGUAGGGAAGUUGGAGCGCAUCCUGCUCUCAGGCUAGAUAACACUCGCACUUCCCACUGCUGAAUGAGAAAGUGGGAAAUCAAGUGGUGAGAAGACAAAAAGGACACACAGCUCCUCGACAGUGGACACAGGGCAUUUUCCACCUGGCAUAAUUCUUAAUGGAACAAAUGUGGAUUCAUCGGGAGUGGCCAAGCAGGGCAUGGCUUUAAGCAGACUCCUGCUGCUCUGUAUGGUAGCCUCUGAAGUGUGGGAUGCUGAGACCAGACCCAUAGAAUUUGUGUGUAAUAAAGGCGCCAGGAGGGCUAUGAACAUUGUGGCAGAGAUGGAGAGGGCUUUGGUUGAAUGUUUUGGCUUGACGACUCUCUCCACACCAGUUCAGCUACCCUGUACCGAGCUUCAUGUAGCAUCUUGGGAAAACAAAUCACACCAGGAGAAGAGAGGAGAAAUAGUUGCAUCCUUGAGGCUUCUUAUUGAAGGUGUGAAGGCCGUGAAGGCCCCAGGCCAACCAGGAUGUGCCACUUCGCUACUGCAGAGACUGGAGAACAACAUUAACAACUACCUGCUCAUUCUAACAAACCUUCAGCUGAGUGGGCCAGUGGUGAGUCCAGCACUGUCAUGUGUUCCUCGAAGCACUCAGAGUCUGAGCACAGUCCUGUUGAACUACAACCAAUUGAUUUCAGGCAAACUGGAGAGGUUCAUGGUUCACAUGGAAGACAGAUGCACUUCCCAGUGA